CGCCACGGGCGGGGCGGGGCCGGGCCAGUUCGUUUCCCGUGCGGCGAGCCCAGGAGCCCCCGCGGCUGUGGCGCCGGUACCCUCCGCCGGCGUCGGGAUGGAGCUGCCCGCCGUGAACUUGAAGGUGAUCCUCCUGAUUCACUGGCUGCUGACGACCUGGGGCUGCAUGGUGUUCUCGGGCCCCUAUGUCUGGGCCAACUUCACUAUCCUGGCCCUGGGCGUUUGGGCUGUUGCUCAGCGGGACUCCAUUGACGCCAUCAGCAUGUUUCUGGGUGGCUUGGCGACCACCAUCUUCUUGGACAUCAUCCACAUCAGCAUCUUCUACCCGCGGGCCAGCCUCUCUGACACGGGGCGCUUCAGUGCCGGUAUGGCCAUCCUCAGCCUGCUGCUCAAGCCCUUCUCCUGCUGCCUCGUCUACCACAUGUACCGGGAGCGCGGGGGUGAGCUGCUCUACACUGGUGAGGCCACCACCUCCGGCCAGCCUCCCCCACCCCUCACGGGGCCCGGUUUUCUUGGAUCUUCACAGGAGCGCAGUGCCUACCAGACGAUUGACCCCCCAGAGGCACCCACAGACCCCUUUGCAAGCUCAGAGGGCAAGGGUCAUGCCCCCUAUGGGUACUGAAGCCAGCCCCACUUCAGCUGCACCCGGGGGCCAGUUUGACAAACUGCUGUGGAGGCCCAGGCUGCAUCGCCUUCCUUGUGCCUUGGACAUGUGUUAGAGAGGUUCCUGACCCCCUUUCUCAGACCUAACGUGGCACGUGUCCUCCUAUUCCCCAUCUCGGGCUUCGUGAAUCAAGAACCUGAGAGGCCGGGAGCCCUGGGCACACCUGUGCCAAACUUCCUGAGGCCUCCCCUCCCUUCAGAGUACCCCACUGGUCCCAGGCUGGGAUCCGUGGCCUCCUUCUUCCCCUACACCCUCAUCUGCUCAAUGCAGGGUCAGGCCUCUGAGGGCCAGUGACACCCCCUGCCCCAGGCCUGGUUUGUUGAUCCCUCCUCGCAAAAGCUCUGAGAGCUUUGCUCAGCCUGGGAGCCCUCUGGCGUGUGGGUGGGUCCCCGUGCUUCUUGUUGCCUGAGCACCCCAGGGCUGGAGGCAGGAGUUUCUGCAGCACCUGAGACCCACCUCGGCCUCUACCAGCCCCUCUCAGAGCCAUGCAUUAAAGUUUGGGGAAUUCUGUA